CAGACCUUAAACCCUUUCUAGUUCUCCCUCAAUCCCAACUCUCUCUCUCUCUGCUGAAUGGCAAUUGGAGCCAUUGCUAGAUCAAAAACACCUUUAUUUGCUUCAACAUUGAUCCUAAAAGACCUCUGUAGAGUACCCAUCAUCAAGGAAGAGUUCUAUUCAUCCCCACUUCUGCACUUCUCACAGAAAAAUCGAAUUCCAGUUUUUCAUUCCUUUGAUUUCUUCAGGAGUGGUUUGUGUCCUCGUUACUACCAUGACGGAAGACCCAGAGGACCCCUUUGGAGGGGCAAGAAACUGAUAGGCAAAGAAGCUCUGUUUGUGAUUUUGGGCUUGAAAAGAUUCAAAGACGAUGAAGAGAAAGUCGAAAAUUUCAUCAAAAACCACGUCUUGAGGCUCUUGAAGAUGGACAUGAUCGCUGUACUUACAGAGCUUGAACGCCAAGAAGAGAUAUUUAAAGUAAUACAAAAGCAGGAUUGGUAUAAGCCGGAUGUUUAUUUAUUUAAGGAUUUGAUUGUUGCAUUGGCUAAAUGCAAAAAGAUGGAUUAUGCGAUGCAAAUGUGGGAAAAUAUGAGAAAGGAAGGUUUGUUCCCUGAUUAUCAGACAUACGCCGAAGUUAUACGGGGCUUCUUAAGGUAUGGGUCUCCUGCAGAUGCCAUGAACAUAUACGAGGACAUGAAGAACUCUCCAGAGCCACCAGAGGAGUUGCCCUUCAGGAUUUUGUUGAAGGGACUUCUACCACAUCCCCUCUUGAGGAACAGAGUCAAACAAGAUUUUGAGGAGAUCUUUCCUGAUCAGCAUAUUUAUGAUCCUCCUGAAGAGAUAUUUGGAUUACGCUAAGUUUCUACAGGUAUUUUUUCUUUUGAUGUGAGCAGUCAAUAAGAACUAAAAGAAGCCCAUGGAGUUUUGGAUCUUCAUUUUAUCACCAAGCAUUGAUCAUGUUAGUUUGUGCGGAGAAGAUUCUUCAUAAUGUUGGUUUUGCAGGAACUGCAAUGUAAUACUAUAAGUUGCUUCAAGUCGUACAUGGAACAGUUUUCUAAGAAAAAUAUUUGCCCUCGCCAAUUGUUCGUAUUGGUAUGCUUUGGGAACCUUGCAAAUCUGUUUUCAUGAUACAACGAAUCCUUCUAACCCGUCAGCAUAUUGCACUUAUGAAGAUAGACCUGAGUACAUUUAGGAAGUCAAUUAGCCAGCUUCUGGUAUUUUGAAUCUGCGUAAAACAAAGUGCUUUACAAAGAAAAAAUGUAUGGAUGUAUUUAUGUGUAUUGAGACGAUGUUUUUUCGGAGAAGCAGAUUUGAAGUAUGAUUUUUUUUCGUUCAUUCAAUGUACUUGUUUGUUUUUGAGGCUGAAUAUCAAGUGCUAUUUUUGGAUUUCUUAGUGAAACUUGGCCAAAACGUCCAGCAUAUUUGAAUUGUUGUCUACUGGAUAAAGGGUGCUACAUU